CGCAUCCUCUGGAAGAUAAAGCCUGGCAGCGUUGGGCCUGGCGCGGGCGGGCGCCGGCCCAGCCGGGGCGUGCUGUCGGUGAGCCAGCUCUGCUACUGCAGCCAUAUGGAGUACACGGUCAGCGACCACAAGCCGGUGGCUGCCAUCUUCGCAGUGCAGUUUGCUUCCAAGGCAGACAAGCCCCCAGUUGAGAUCUAUGUGGCUGAUGAAUGGAGCAGGCCUGAACAAGCGGUUGUCAGGUACAAGAUGGCUGCUGGCUUCCACCGGAGCUCCUGGGACUGGAUAGGACUCUACCGGGUGGGCUUUCGGCACCCUAAGGACUAUGUGUCCUACAUCUGGGCCAGGAGUGAUGACGGAGAGCGCUGCCUGGAGAAGCAGCUGUGUGCACAGGUGAUGUUCUCAGAGGAGGCCCUACCCAAGGGGAAGGGCGAGUACAUCCUUGGAUACUACAGCAACACCUCCAGCAGCAUCGCUGGUGUGACUGAGCCUUUCCAGAUCUCCCUGCCCAGGUCAGAGGAAGGCAGCAGCCCCACGGACAGCUCGGGCAGCAGCUCAGAAGAGGAGGAUGACAGCACGCUUGUCCUUCUGGCCCCCAAAUCCCGUAGCCCCAGCCCGGGCAAGAUGAAACGGCACCGGAGCCGAAGCCCCAGUCUGGCCAAGUUCCAGGGCCUCAUCCUGCGGCCAUCAAGCCGGGACAGGGGUACGAGACGCAGCCCCUCGCCCCAGAGCCGCCGCGGCCUCCCGGGGGACAUCCCUGCCAUCCACCUGCCCCAGGAGGAGCUGGGCUGCUGCGGAGCCAAAGCCAAGGAGCCUGGGUGGGCGGCCAACAGCCCUGAGGGCAGCUCCUUCUACCAGACUGUGUGGGAGCAGGGUGGCCCCCGGCGUGCCUCUGCCGACACCCCGCUGGCCAGGGCUGACCCCCGGAACCUGGGCCUGCUGCCUGCGCUCCGCCUGGAGACCAUCGACCAGGCCCUGGGCCGGCAGAGGGAGAGCAGGGAUCAGGGCUAUCCCUGCUGGAGGAUGAGCCCCACUAGCCCCCCAGGCUGCAGCAGUGCCCCGAGGGAGGGGGGCAGCCCCCAGGAGCUGGACAGCCAGAGCUGUCCCCUGGGCCGCUGA